GCGCCGGGUUAACGGCUCUACGCCGGCGGUGCAAGCUAGCGCGCGGGGCUAGCUGGCGCCCGAUACCCCAUCGUCGAAGCUAGGGGAAAAGGACUCGCUAAAAAGCCCACUCAAAAGGACGACACCCCGACUGCUGCCCAGACCUCUCUAUUUUGUACUCCGGCCACUAGCCGUGUUUUAUUACUUGUUUUGUCAACGGAGUUUCAGCUGCCAGUUCGUGUUUUUGUAUUCUUCAUCCCGUAGAGAGGACUCCGUUACCGUUUCGCUUCGUCUCAUCUCUUUUUCACGGUGCAUCAGUCAAGAAGAAGUCAUUCAUUUGUCUACUCGUGUUUAAAGCCAGUUUUUGUAUAUCUAUAUAGUCGGGUUCUUCGAAAACGCCUUCUUCGUCUCUGCUCAAAGGCCAACUUCUGAUCGCCGCCGCCGACUGCCAGCUGUGUUUCCUCUGCAACCUCUGCUAGGCAAGCCUCUACUAGCCGCCUGUCGCCUCACACUUCGUUCUUUGGAUGCAUUCCGCUCCUUAUGUUUAACAAUCAAGUGGGAAGGGGUAUCCAUCGCCAAACAACGUGGCCGACUCCUCGGAGGCAGGCGCGGGUCCCGGCAGGAUGCAGGUUGAGAUCCAAGUGGCUCUCAACUUCCUCGUCUCCUUCCUGUAUAACAAGCUGCCCAGGAGAAGGGUCAACCAGUUCGCCGAGGAACUGGACAGGGCACUCAGGCGAAAGUUCCGGGGACACUGGUAUCCGGAGAAGCCGUACCGGGGCUCGGCGUUCCGCUGCGUGAAGACGUCCCCUCCCCUGGACCCGGUGUUCCAGAUCGCGGCUCGGGAGAGUGGAGUCGACCUGCGGGAUGUCCGGGAGAACUUGCCCCCGGACCUGAGCAUCUGGAUAGAUCCCGGCGAAGUGUCCUAUCGCAUAGGCGAGAAAGGCGCGGCACAGGUGCUUCUGGGUGGCCCCCAGUCGUCUGUCUCCGAAUCGCGCUGCUGCUCGACCAGCCCCAACUCGGCCGAUGAGGCCCUGGUCGCUCAAUUGGCUGGCCUGGGCCUCGGUCCCAGCGCCGCCAUGACGCCCCUGUCACCGGGAUCAGCCGGCGCCCAGGCGGCCGCCUCGGCACCAGCGCUGGGCGCCGUCGCAGCCGUGGCUGCCGCCGCUGCCGGUUCCUGCACAAACCCCGGGGCGGCCACUCCGGUCGUCAACGGCACGGGAACGCGCUCCCUCACCUUCACCACGGCCAGCUUCGCACAGACAAAGUUCGGCUCGACCAAGCUCAAGACAAGCUCCAAGCGCGCCCAGAGACUCUCGCCCACCGAGCUCAGCCUGAGGCGAGAGCAGCAGCAACAGCAGCAACAUCAACAGCAACAACUCGUCGCCAGGGGGCCUGCAGCGGUGCCGACGAGCGGCAAACCCCAUCUCGCCGCACGAUCUGUACGGAUCGGCCGCUGCGGCUGCUCUCCCCAUUGAUGCGUUCGGCGAUGCGGCCGCCGCGGUGGUGGCGUCGCAGGUGGCGGCGGCAGCGGCGGCUGCUUGCCCGCCGCCGCCUCCCACGACUGCGUCGCGGUUCGCGGCAGCGGCGUCUCCCUUCUUGGCUGCGGCUGCUGGUGGUUCGUUUCAGGGACAUCAUCAUCACCACCACCACCACCCGCAUCACCACCACCACUCGGUGGUGUCCGGUGCGGCUGCCGAGCUCGGGGCGGCGCUCCAGCAGCACCUGCUGUUGGCCAACUAGUCGGAGCAGCGCAGCAACUGUUCUUUCUUUUUUGUACUUUUUGUUAUUUCCUAGAGGGCCCACACUCUCAUGUUGAAAACAAACAAAGAAAUGAGCUACUGCAUUGUCAGCCAAGAGGUUUCGGCUGAAUGGAAGCCGAAGCUAUGGCCACAGUGGCUCAUUUAACAAUUAUUUUUGAAUGUUACCAUCGAGGAGCAAGACGGAAUGUCAGAAAGAAAGUGAAAAAUUAGUAGGACCUCUAGACGCCCUUGAUUAAAAGAUAAAUACUUGCGCUUUGCUUGACCAGUGCCAGUUUGGUCUAAUUCGGAGGGCCAAUGCUUUCUUAAGGAGCAACCUUGUUUUAAUAACUCCUUUAUUUGAGCGCAUAUAAACGGUCUUGUAUUUGAGUUCAUUUCUUUAGGGCAGGCUUUCAUUGUCCAAUCGUUUCACUCGUACUAUGCGCUGGCGCCUUGCUAUCGUCGGCAUCCUUCAGCGGAGGCGAAAAGACACUCUUGCUGUAUAAAGGUAAACACGAUGCUGACUGGUUGUUCCGUGAGGUUGAGCAUCUACUAGUACUUUCUUAACAGUUGUUGGAUAACUGCAAAAAAAAAAAUAGAAUCAUCGCUUCUGCAAAAGAACUGAGAAGAGAAGAUCAGCGUACAGAAGUUUUCACCUGUUGCAUAACACUUCGAAAAAAAGAAAGUCUUUUAGUGAGCUGUAGCGUCACCUUUCUAAGCGAAAUUAGUAUGAGAUAAGCAGAGAAUGGCUUGUUGGCUGAAGAUGAGGGGCAUAGCAUUCCGUUUGCCAUGGAAGUUGUUACAGCGUCAACGAUGAAGCGCAGUCUUUUUCUUGAAGAUAUUCCUUUACGGAACACGCAUUGUUCGAAGGUUGUGUUCUUGUUACAGUUUUGCAUGUUACGAGAUUGUUGCAACGAAGAGCUUUUAAAAGUCGUUGAACUGCCCCUUUAUGUUACAAAUGCCGCAGUUGUAGCACACAAGAAACUAUCUCUUGUUGAGUGUCCUAAGAAGGAAACGGCGUACAAAAUAUUUUGGUCCGGUCUGUUUUGAUUCGUCGCGUUGUAGUUCUCGCGUUCGGCCAACUUGUCCACCUUGACUAGAGUUGCAGCCGCACCAUUAGCAAGGGGACCCUCAGGAAACUGCUUGUUAAGGAUGACCGUGUGUGUGACGUUAGUUAAUGAAAGAGCGGCAGGUCCUUAGCUACUGCGGUUGCCAAAACUUCGUUCCCACGAAAGAUGCACAAGGCAACAACAAUUUAUACCCUGAGUGUCAUGUUUAUCACACAAUCCAUCGCAUGUUUAGUUCCACAGAAAAUUGCUUGUCUGUUUAUUUUCUUGCAUAGUUUCGUUUUCCAGUUUAUGGACACCCGCAACCAAAUAUUAAUAUUAUUGCCAUCACUGCUUUCAAAGCUUUGUGAAGAGCACCGUUGCAAUAUUUGUUAUGGGAAUCAUAGAUGUCCUCUGCAUUCGUCUCAACUUAGCUAAAAGAAGAGAUACUGAUGCUUUUAAUAGCGUGACUUCCAUUCACGCAGUAAAAUGUAUACCUCCGCUAUUGUAUUACACACAUCGCACAAACUUCUGCUCUAAGGCCAAUCCUAUAGCGCCUGAAAGAUAUAUAUUCGUUGAGAGAAAGACCAAUGAAGAUGUCUAUUUUUGACGACACGCAUGUUUUCCAGAUGUAAACGUUUAGGAAGCUGUAGUUGCUGUUGAUGUUGAACAAUAUGUUGUUGAACAUUUCUGGGCGUCUGGAGGUUCUUCCACGGCAUACCGAAACGAGCGCCAUAUGCUAAUCUUGACGUCUAAGUGUUACUGCAAAAUCAUAGGUAGGACCAUUAGAAAAAAAACAACUAAACAAAAUAAAUAAUAUGAACUUUAGUGAACGGAACCUGUCAGGAAAGGAAGUGUCAAAGAAUGUUCACUACAACGCAAACAUUAGGCUUAGACCUUCGACAAAAUAGCGUCCGCUUAGCAGGUGGCGCCAGUUUCUCCAGUGUGCAUUAACUAUACCAUUGCCGUGGUUCGGUGUCGCAUAGAAUUGUUGGGUGUUCAUCUCGUGGUCUUGAGGUGCCAGGGCAGAAAUUGUUAACAUCCCACCCGGCGUUUGUAUUUGUAGCGAAGUUAGUUACAACCAUGGCUAAUGUAGGUGGUGGAAGGACGCUGGGCCACAAACGUGCGCCCCUCGUUAGGGGUGCUGCAGACGCUCGCCUAGCGCUGGCACGCAGACGACGCAUAAUAAGCUCGCAUAAUAAGUUGCAAGCCGUCAACCCUAAUAGAGCUUCGGGCCUGCCUUAGGCGUACACAAUUUUCCGAUGAUGCAACACUUCAGAGAGAGGGGGAGAGAGGCGCCCGCUUUGAUCGUUGCAAGACAAGGCAAUCGAGAUUAGCACCCAGUCAAACUAGCGAGCCAACAGGACCUGUAGUCAUGUUCGAGAAAAAGUCACUCUCGUUCUAUUAUUCCGGUAUCUUUACCGUUUCGAGGAAGUGAGAGCCAGUGAUCCUGCUUGUUUUUGUAUCGUAUUACAAUAGUGAUUGGUAGCGGCACUAUAGCGACGGCAACGGAGUCUCAGCAUGCCACUUCUGACGUCAUGCACUGCCUCUGAGAUGACUGUCACGUCAUAUCCGGUGAAGCGCACUGUCCAACUAUUGGGUGACGAGGCGGGCUCUGCAGCUACGCCGGGACAGUUUAGUCCAGUGCUUUGUUGCCACGGGCCGUCAUGGAACCUUCCCGCGAUUGAAUCGAAUGGCGGAAAGCAGGCGCUGGGACGUCAUCCUGUCACUCAGAGAGCCAGAGCUGAUGAAGGUGACGCGUUGUGGCGCUAAAAGAGGUCUAGUCAAGUUCAAAGAGCUACGACUCGUUCAUUACUGCCGUGACGUCAUUUCCGCUCGGUCCCCACAACGGCGCGUCACGUGACUCCCCAGGGGCGAGUGGAACGCCACCGGGGUUUCUAGGCGGAAGUGACGUAGGUGCUCAGACUCUGUUCUCUUCGAAUAGUUCAGCUGCGUUGCCAUGGCCUGGUUCCCAGUUUCCCACAAUUUCAAUUGAGUGAUACAUAUAUAUACAUAUUGUGGACAACCUUUCUCACUCGCCUUUUUCCGUGUCGUUUUUUCUGUACACGUUUUUUCUACUACGAGGUGUGUCGGUGUGUUUGAUACAGAAUGACCGCGCGAUGAUCGGGUUGUAUGUACUUCUCUGUAAACGACACUGCCGCUAGGGGCGCUGCGAAGCUCGUCUGUUACACCUGCGCCACGCUUGUUACUGUGUGCACUCGUUAUACUCAUGGCGUGGUAUCCGUACGUAGCAGCUUAAACAUGAUACAUACUGAAAAUUCGCUUUGGCCUUGCCAGACGAGGGCAGCAUUGCCGCUUGAGCGUUGCGGAGAACAUGGCUGUGACAAUUAUGGACAAAAUUUUUUUUUUCAAAUCGGCGGCCGUUCUCUUUCCGGUGCCAUUCGUAAAGCUAACAUUCGGCAUCUGUUUGAAAUUACCAAGAAAGCACGAGUUUAAGUUCAUAAUUCAUAAUCAGCGGGCGCAAAAAGUGAUUAGUUUUUUUAUUGAUAAUAACUAGGGCACGAGCUUCGGGAGAUGUGAGAAUAAAUAUGGCUGCGCCUGCAGACGGCAUUAUCCAAAUUCACAUCGAAGUCUUUCCCCAGACUGAUCCCUCAGACACGUUGCUAUCAAUGUGGCCGUUAGUCGUAUAGCCAGACGCGCUUCGCAGCAAACCGAGCGGCACUGUCACGUAGCAUUGUACCGUCGUUGUCGUCAAGCUUCGUCGUUGUAAUCGUCAUAUUUUUUUAUAUCUAUACGCAAACAGAAUAAGAGUUUUUUUAGGUUGUCGUAUUUUAGUUCUUGCGGGGUCUGCUGCAUUUUUCCGGGCAGAGGGAGCGUCAGUACAAAAGGUCGGAUUUCGGUACGGGCACUGCGCGGAGAAGCGCAUGCGCAGUUUGUCGCACUGCGCGUGAAGUGAGCGUAUUAACGCCGUCGUUAGAAUUAUACGCGUGCUCUGGGUUUCCCCUUCGAGGAGGGAGAGAGGCAAGCGUGACCGCAGCGCCCCCAACCCUCCUCCCUCCGCUUCGAUUGGUUGAGUUCGAAUGUAAUAUAAACUUCAAAACGGCUGCUCAUAUGAAUAUGAAGCGAUGACGUGCUUUGUACAAUGGCCUAAUCGGUUUCUCGCAUUCGGAUAGAACAAGGGAAGUAGGCUAAACAGCUCUUGGAACGCUACAUGAAAUCCUCAGCUGUCAAUAUUGUCAGAAACCUGUACAAUCAUGACCCUGCGCUAUAAGCGAUGGAUGGACAUGUCCGACUGAGUACAGAGUAAAAAUUAUACACAAUUGGUGCCCCCCCCCCUUUCUUUUAGACGAUUAGUGGGAGCAACUGGUCGCCAGGGCCAAAAGGGCAAUAGAAGCCAGAGGGUUCCUGGACUAAGGAGCCCUCCCACCUCAGGGUAACACCGGGCAUUGCUCGGGACUCUGUUUCAAAAAUAAACGUUUACUUCUCUUUCUCUAGGGGGAGCAGCCACUCUUACCCGUGCGCACGCAUAUGGUUAAGACGAUAGCGUGAAAAGUAGCGAGACACGGAAACGAGACUUUAGUCACGACGGGGGAACAGGGAGAUAUCGACCGGGGCGAAGAGAAUCUAUUUUGUGUGCGGCGCAAUAAGCAUAGCGAGGGGUUCGAUCUCCGCCAACCCCCUUUCGCCCCCCUCCACAUUUUGCUUCCGAGUACGUAAAAUGUAAAUGCAUAUAUAUGAAUAUAUCUACUAUAUCUAUUUACGCCUACAACGUAACACAAAGGACAAGAACCCCGUGGCCUCCCAAUCGAAAUUCUCGACGCGGUGCAAGAAGGAACCAUGGCAAGGAACAAACAUCGGAACUCACCAGUCGCGCUAGCCUUCGAUAAUCUGGCCGGAAAUGACAAUUCCUGGCGCCAUUUAAAUUCAGAAAUGUCAUAAAACUUACGAUUUUGGCCGGUUAUGACUAAUCUGAAUGCCUUUUGCUAUUGGAUGAAAAAAAAAUAUGUCAAUGCUUUCAUAUCCUACCGUGCCCUGAAACAUGCAAUCUUUCCCAUUACGACUGGUGCACAAUGAAGGUGCGGUGCAUCUUAUUAGUUGAAAAGUGUCAGUGCUUUAUCACAUUCUACCAUAUUAUUUGGCAUAUUGACAGCUAUAAUUUGUAGACAUGGUGGUAUAGCUUCUUUAUUUGGCUAAAAAUCGCAACGUUCCAAAAUUCUUUCAUAUUCUGAGACUCGCCAUCUUGCCAGAUCUAUGUGGCCUAUGAGACGACUGCUGUUGGUCCCAUUGAGCAAAAUAUCUUUACGCUGUCAAAGUCUGCCCUUUAGUAUGAAACUGGCCUUGUCAGUUGUAAGAUGUCCACAAGGCGGGUACAGCGUAUCCCUUUGGUUCGAAAACCUCAACCCUAACAAAUUCAGCCAUUUUUGGAAGCUCUCCACAUAGUUGGUGGUCGCCACAUUGUUGGCCGUUUACAAUUCGUGUGCAGCCUCUCCCAUUGGCUAAAGGAUCUCGAUAUUUUCAAGUACGGCCAUAUUGCGUUAGGCACUAUAUUGUCAGCUGCGGUCGGACCACAAGGCAGCUGAAGCACCUCCCAUUGGCUCGAAAAUCGCUCUCGUAUCCUCAUACUCGCUGGCUUGGUAUUGAACACUGGUGUUUGUUACAAUAGAUAAGAAAUCCCAGUGACUUAACGCUGGGAAUCAGCCGUAACUGGCGCGAUCAAGGAGCUCCGAUGACUACAGUUCUAACCAGGCCUUCCUUCAGCAUUACGACAUAAAGCGCCACACGGCUACCUGCCCGUCCGCGCAAUAAUGCGCCGCCAAACCACCGAGGUUGGCAGCAUGUGACAGAGCCUCGGAAAAAGUUGGCAUAGAACGUCAACUCCUGGCGGACGACGACAGGAUGGCUCCGCAGCGUUCUCAAAAAGCGAGGGCCGCGCCGACGUUGUUCUUAUUUUGCUUUGUCGAAGCUUUGUUGUUCAUUUAGAAGAAGAGGGAGGCCUCGCGUCUUCAAAGCUAUUUUCGUACGCCAGCUGAAGAAUGCUAGACCUAUCAGCGAGCCGGGGACCGGUACGUUAUGUGGGGCGCCGCGUCGAAGGGUUGGGUUGGUGUGGUCGAUGACGCGGUUGUGUUUGUGAUGGUUUCCCGCUGUUGUUGUUGAUGUUGCUGCUGCUGCUCCUGUUGUUGCGCGUGUCAUGCAGUAGUAGUAGGGUGGCGCUACAAGCCGAGGAGGUCGUCCUCGUGUUGCAAUGAGAGUGGUGGUGUGUGCGUUGGAAAGCGUUCAUUUAGCGCAGGCACGGAGUGGUAAGAGACGGUGCCAAGACGAAAUUGGAACGGAGGACAAAACAGCGGGUUUGUGUCAGGUCCGGGGUGUUUAUUAGAAGCUGCUGUAAGAUUUAUGAAACUUGUAGGCUGCCGAACAGAGCCCGUGGUGAUAUAGCUAGCUGGAAAACGUGACACGCUGUUCACGCUUACCGCAUGCCAAAUAUAUGACGACGUCUAUUUCGAAUAACGCAUUGGCUGUCCUUGCAAAAGGGCUGAGGGUUAUGUGAACAUUGGGCGUGAGCCAGUGUCGCGUUUCGUCUGCUAGCCGCUUCGCCAUCUGUUUCACUUCCGUCAUCUAUAUCAAGUAUCGUCUGUUCCACUUGUAGUAUGCUUCACUUCCGCCAGGUCUCGCGUUCCCAGUUCUCUUGGCGCCGCCUCCCCGUGUCUUGCGCAAGAUGACAGAGAUAAAAGAAGAAGAAGAGAGAAAAAGGAAGAGUAGAAGCAAGAGAUGAGAGUGUGAUAUGGGAAGAAGCGCAGUGAUAUCCACGUCCUAAGAUUCCAAAGGUGUUAAAAAAAAGAUGCAUAUAAUACACAACAGGAAGUCCCUUUUAUCUUUUGUACUUUGACUUAGUGCAGACGAUACGCGCCCCGUGGCGCUCGUCUGCUGACGAGGCAGCCACACACUGUCUGCACUGUUUCUUCACAUCUUGUUACAUUUUAAUAAGUUUUUAAAUAAAUGUUGGACAAAAGCGUCGC